AUGUUCGUGGUUGCAUCAUCGUGGGCAAACCUCGUGCGUGUUGGACUCGCGAUGUAUACAGGCAUCAGUUUUUCUCCGAAACGGACGGACAAAUCAUCGAUGAAAUCUUCUAUCAUCAUGCAUUUGACUGCCAUAGCAGAUUUACUUGUCGGCCUGAUCUGUGUAUUAACGGACUUCCUGUCGAAACUCACGAUCGAGUGGCAUGCUGGGAACGUCAUGUGCAAGGUCAUUCAGUACACCCAGGCCGUGGUUACGUACGCAUCAACGUAUGUGUUGGUUUCACUGAGCAUCGACAGAUACGAUGCAGUUGCCAGACCCAUGAAUUUUUCCAGAAGUGCCUACCAGGCCCGGGUGUUGAUAUCGCUGGCGUGGCUGUCGUCGGUGUUGUUCGCUUUACCGGCGAUGUUCCUGUAUCACGAGUCCAAACAGGAGGACCGCUUUCAGUGCUGGAUCGACUUCCCGCAGUUCUGGCAUUGGCAGCUGUUCGUGUGUUUAGUCGCAGUCGUCACCUUCGCUCUGCCAGCGUUGAUUAUUGCCUCCUGUUACGUUGCCAUCAUCCUCAUUAUAUGGUCAAAGGGAGAGAACUAUGUCGGCUCGUCCGAGAGGAAACGAUUGAACACUCAAGCAUCUUAA